UUGUUCCGUGUUUGUUUCGGGGAGCUAUUCUAGAGCGUUUAAGUAAAUAGAGUUGGAUUCAGAUCGGCAGUUGUUAUGUAGGUCACGUGUUUGACAGUCUGAUGGCAUUGCUUUAAAGGCCCCCGGAGCAGGGCGCGCACGUGGGUAAAGUUAGGACCAACCUCUCCAGGGACCCUUUUGUUUAACCAUCAGACAUAAGCACCUUCUGAGAUCCCGAGUGCUUCAGUCAUAAAGAAGCAGCAUCCAGCUAACAGCAGUCAUGUCCAGAUCAUUUUACGUCGAUUCGUUAAUUAUCAAAGACACCGCCAGACCGGCGCCUCUAAGUGAACAUCCCGGGCAAGACUUUUUGUUGCCGAUGAGCAUGCACUCGUCCAGCGUGAUGUCCGUUUCUGCGCCCGUGUGUCCUUCAAGAAAGACGGGCACUUUUUGCGUCUGCCCUCUGUGUGUUACUUCGCACAUCCAUUCGCCCCGAAACAGCUUACCUUUGCUGAAGAGUCAGUUUCCGAACGGAGACCCCCAGUAUUGCCAGAGAAUGAGCCAUCAGCACAGCCCUGCACUGGGUCAUCCUGGACACCCACCUGUCUGCAGUUCUACCAGCUACAGCGCUACAGAUCCUAGGAGAUUUCAUUGCCUCUCUUUAGGUGCAUCUGAAAACGGGCACAUCCAAAACGGCAAGAGGAUGAGGACAGCGUUCACAAGUACGCAACUUCUGGAGCUGGAAAGAGAAUUUUCGUCAAACAUGUACCUGUCGCGUCUUCGAAGAAUCGAGAUCGCCACUUAUUUAAACCUCUCGGAAAAACAGGUUAAGAUUUGGUUUCAAAACCGCAGAGUUAAGCAUAAGAAAGAGGGCAAGGGUACCCAGAGGAGCGUGCACAGCGGAUGCAAAUGCACCAGCAGCCAUGGGCAUUAUCCCCGGUCCGAAGAUGAGGAGUCUUUAUCGCCGACAUCAGCUACGGAAGAAAAAGAAAUAUCCCCAGUCUGAGAAGGAUACCAGAGCUCAAGAGAAACCGACUGCUCUGAUCUCGAAGCACUUAUCGGGACUUUAGAAUGAAAGAAACACAAGUGUGAAAGUAAGACUGUGUUUGGGACACUUGACGUUCGUCAUAAAAUGUACAGUUUGUAAAAGUACUUAAAAGUAAGUGUGUAUUGUUUACCCGGUGUUAAUAGUCUGACAAACAACUGAAUAGAUAAAAAAAGAUAAAACAUUCUAUAGGUGAGCAAGUGAGAUUAUGUUAAUAUAGCAAUUUAAAUCUGUAGCAAUUAAAACAGAUUUGUUAUGUAAAUAUGUGAACUGUACACUGUGAAUUGCUUCCUACAAUUGUUUGUGAAUAGUUUUAUAUAAAAUGUAUAUUUAUAUUUAUUUAA